AGCUUCAAUUGUGUGGAGAAAUAGGGCCAUAAUAAAAGAAACUAAGUAAAAGCUGAUGGCUGUGGUAUUUGCAAUGAAGGGAAAGUAUUUAGUAGUGGAACAGGUGCGGGAUUGCGGGACAGAUACGUCCUUGCUCCUUCUUUUUUUUGUCUUUGAUAUUUUGGCGGGUAGAAGAGAAGCAGACAGGAAAAUGCAGGCAAGUAGAGGAGAAGAGAAGGUUGAGAGGAUCCGCUGUAGAGUGGACAGCAUGCGUAGUGUGUUGUGAACGAUUGUUAUCGAAGCGCGCGUAGAGGAGUCGGGGCGGCCAUUGCUGUGACGCGCACACUUUGUUAGUUGCUCCGUGAUCCAGUGACGAACCGCCCAGAAAAUUUGACGUGGCUACUACGUAUAGCCCUCUUACCCAGUCCGGUUGCAGCAAGCUGGUGACGAGGAAUACACGUAACUUGGUGGGUGUUCAGUUAGGAGAUGGAUGGAAUGGUGGACGAAAACGGGACAGUUGAUCCUCUAGCCCCAUCGCCACCGCCGGUGGCAAUCUCUUCGGUAGGAGUUGUAACUCAGCAACAAUUGGUCGCAUCUACUAACAUAGUGCACCUAACUUUGCCAGCAUCUAACAACCAUGCCCAGACGCAGGUGCAAUCCGUUAUACAGCCCAACCAGCAAUCGGUGAUACAAACAGCAGCGAAUAUACAACCAGUGUUAGGAAAAGGAAACGUGAUACUCGUCAGCAAACCCAACUCUGUCAUCCAAACGCCUCAAGGAAGUUUGCACGCGUUACAGGUAAUUAAUGUGGUCGAGACGACGGCGAGUGAUGACAGUUAUUCGGAUGAUGAGUCGCCGAAGAAGCGGAGGGAUCUGCUGACGAGAAGACCUUCUUAUAGGAAAAUACUCAACGAUCUUGGAGGGGGUGAGAUAGCUGAACCUAAAGUCGAGCAGACUUCCUCCGAGGCGGACAGUGAGUUAUCGUCUCACUCUAUCCCAUACCACACAGUGAUACCUGCAGGCGCCAUACAGAUUUCGAGCGGCGAAGGCGGCCAAAGCAUACACACACUCUCGAUGACGAAUUCCGGGACCGCGGGGGCUGCGAUAGUGCAGUACGCCCAAGGCCAGGAAUUCUUUGUCCCAGUGAUGGCGCAGAGCGGGAACAUAACUUCCGGCGGCGGCGAAGAUCAAGCUCGGAAACGGGAGAUGAGACUACUGAAGAAUAGAGAGGCCGCAAGGGAAUGUCGAAGGAAGAAGAAGGAGUACAUUAAGUGCUUGGAGAACAGGGUGGCCGUGCUCGAAAACCAGAACAAAGCCCUGAUAGACGAGCUGAAAUCGCUGAAGGAGCUCUACUGCAAACAGAAGACGGAAUGAGACUUGUGUGAAAGCGAUGAAGAAGUGCCGUCGUUGGUUUGUUUUUUUUCUCUGUUUAUUGAAAGUCGCGGUGCCGGAGAUAUCGGACUACUCCUUAUCGUUGGGUAUCAUCUUAUGUAGAACUAGGUAAAUCUCAAGUUGUCUAUUAUUACGAAUAACGUUACAUGCAAACAUUGCAUUUCGUUUGCUCCUUUUCUUUUACACUUCUUGUUUUUAUUUUAUAUAAAUAUUUAGUUCUGGUGCUACUUGCAAAAACUUCCUCACCUGUCCGAGGUUGUUUGAGGAAGAGGAAAAUGCGCGAGUUUCUUUUAAAUUGACGAUUUCAUUCGUUGGGCAGAAAUGUUUCGCAUUUCAAUUUUACACACAAAAACACUUAAACGAAUUGUAUAAUAUGUAUAAAGAAAAGUAAUUUUUACGAAAUCUGUAAAAAGAGAGAAAGGCUUGUGAAGAAGUUGUUAAAACGGGACGGCGAGAAUAAUAAUAAUAAUAAUUGUACGAAGAACGCAAAAGCAUGUGUAUUUUAAACCGCAAAUCCGAGGAGCCGAUUUAAUAACGUGUAUAUAUAUUUAUCUAACAUAUGUGUAUUUACAUUUAUUUUUUAUUGUGUCUAGUUGUUUUGUAGAGCCGGUCGUUAGGAGUAUUUAUUAUAUAAUUACACACAGAAUUACACAC